UUGAUGUAAAUUAAAAGCAUAUCAGAAUCAUCCGACCGUUCGCUAAGAUACAUCGUCUCUUUCUCUCUUCCAUUCAUUCGCUCUCUGAUCAUUACAAGAGAAAUUAAUCAAUCAUCACCGAAUCAUCUGCUGAUUUAGUUACAGAUAAAUACAACUUCAUCUGGAUUCAUAAACCCUAGUUUCUGCGAUUUUCUUGGAUGAAAUCAAUCCAAUGCAUUGGUGUUGCAGCAAGAGAUUGAAUCAUAAUCAUUGGAGUAUAAACAGCAACGAAUCUCAUCAAUCUGGUUUUGGUUCUGAUUAUGAUGAAACCCUUUCGGGGGUAGUUAUUAUUUGCACUAGACAAUAUCAAUCGAAGAGAGACUUCGUCGUCGUCGGUGGUGUUGGGGCUUUUUUGAUAGAGAAAAAAAAAUAAUAAUUAGGGGAUCAUUAUGCAGCUACACUUCUCACCUAGUAUGAGAAGUAUAACGAUAUCGAGCAGCAAUGGAUUUAUUAAAUUGAUGAAGAUCAAGGUCGCAGCUCGUCAUAUUUCAUACCGUACUCUGUUUCAUACCAUCCUCAUUCUCGCCUUCUUGUUGCCAUUCGUUUUCAUCCUCACUGCUAUUGUUACCCUUGAAGGUGUCAACAAGUGCUCCUCAAUUGAUUGUUUAGGAAGGCGAUUGGGACCAAAGCUUCUUAGGAGGGGUGAUGAUUCAGGGAGGCUUGUUAAUGAACUUUACAAUCUUCUUAAUCAAGUGAACUCUGUAGAAGUCCAAGAUGAUGUAAAACUCCCUGAUAACUUCACACAUCUUAUCACAGAAAUGAAAAGCAACAAAUAUGAUGCAAAAGAAUUUGCUGUUAUAUUGAAACGAAUGAUGGAAAGAUCCGAAAAGGAGAUUAAAGAAUCAAAAUUUUCAGAAAUAAUGAACAAACACAUUGCAGCAAGUUCAAUCCCAAAAUCUCUCCACUGUCUUUCCCUCCGUUUAACCGAUGAAUAUUCCUCCAACGCCCACGCAAGGCGGCAGUUACCCUCACCGGACCUCCUCCCGCUCCUCUCCUCCACCUCCCACCACCACUUCAUCCUCUCAACCGACAACAUCCUGGCGGCAUCAGUGGUGGUCAACUCCGCCAUCCACUCAUCUUCCUCACCUGAAAAAAUCGUCUUCCAUGUCAUCACUGAUAAGAAAACAGACAAUGUUCCUGUUCUUGAAGCUGUGGAGAGUCAUGAUGGAGUUAGGGAUUAUUAUUAUAAUGGGAAUCAUGUUUCAAUGGAGGAGUUUAGGGGUAAUUUGGGGAUUUCACCGAGGGUAUUUGCGUCCAAGUUGCAGGCGAGAAGCCCGAAGUAUAUUUUGUUGUUGAAUCAUCUUCGCAUUUAUUUGCCAGAGCUGUUCCCAAACCUUGAAAAAGUGGUGUUUUUAGACGAUGACAUUGUGAUACAACGUGACUUAUCUCCACUUUGGGAUGUUGACCUUGGUGGAAAAGUCAACGGAGCAGUUGAAACAUGCAAAGACCCUCAAGAAUGCGCAUGGGCUUAUGGGAUGAAUAUUUUUGACUUAAAAACAUGGAGAACCACUAAUAUUAAACAAACCUACCACACUUGGUUAAAACAGAAUUUGAAGUCGAAUUUGACAUUAUGGAGACUUGGGACACUUCCUCCAGCUUUACUUGCGUUUAGAGGUCAUGUUCAUGGGAUUGACCAAUCAUGGCAUAUGUUGGGAUUAGGCUACCAAAACAAGACUAACAUUAAAAAUGUAAAAAAAGCUGCUGUGAUCCACUACAAUGGUCAAUCUAAACCAUGGUUAGAAAUAGGAUUCGGACAUCUUCGCCCUUUUUGGUCCAAAUACGUUAACUACUCCAAUGAUUUUGUCAAGGGUUGUCAUAUAUUGGAGUAGGAGUAUUUUUCUCAAUAUUUUAGAAGAGAACGAAAUUUGAGUAUAUAAAGAUUUUUUUUUUUGGGUAUAUUUUGGAAUUUAGGAUUUAGAUAUAACCGGGUGAAGAAUGUGUAGG